AUGAUUUAAGAUUAAGUUACAACCAAAGUUACUUAGAAAGAUAUAGACGAAGACACAACCCUUAAAACAGAGACUAUCAGUAGAGAAAAAAAGAACUUAGUAUUUUUAAAGCCAAACGCCUCGUUAGCUCUAUAACUUCUUCAGCAAACUAAGCCUUCAUCUCAUUCAAAUGAAAAGCUAGUUAUAAACAAUAAAAUUAUAAAAGAUUUGUUGAAUGAGAACAAGAAAGGAAAAACUCAAGAUAUAUUACUUUCUUAAAGUGACAGUAGCACAACCAAAUUAUAGUAGCAUUUGUAAUAAAAAAUUUAAAAGAAUUCAAAUCAAAAAAGGAGUGAUGAUACUUUAGAUCAAAAUGUGUAAAUAGUAGGAAAGCAAGAAGAUGAUAGUAGAAUACAAAAUCAAAAAUCUAAGCAAGAAAGCUAAUUAAAUGUCAAAAGAAUGAGGCAAAUGACUGAAGAUAGCACUUGCAAUCAGUAAACAUAAAAUAUAAAUAGCUAUUCUAAUCUUGGUUCACCAAUUGAUUCAAAAAAGAUACCAUUAAGAUUAAAUGAGUCAAAUAUAAAUAAAAGGAGCAGCGUUUAAUUGAAUCAAAGAAAUUCAAAAUAAAAUAUCUCAACUCCAUUUUCAUUCAUAUAGAUAAGCGCUAAAUUUAGAGAUGAUUCAAAGUAAAACUAAGGAAAUGUUUCAACUAAUAGCAAUGGAAAUUUAACUUAAAGCCAAAUGCAUAAAUUAGAUGAUGCUUAUAAAAUUAAAAUUAACAACAUGAGUAAUUCAAGUAGAAGGAUUAAUGGUUCAGAUAUUACAUCUGUUAAAAGUCUAAGGGAGGUAAAAUCAAAUGAUUAGACCAAAUAAACCUCCAAAAUAAUAGAAAAUUCAUAUUUAAAUUAGAGAAACUUAAGCACAAACAUGUAAAGCAGUUCCUCAAUAUAUAAUGCUAGAAAUUCUAUUACUUAAUAAUUCCAAAUACAGACUUAACCUAAUUUCAACAGAAAUUCAAUACCUUCUCCAACAGGUUUUUUCGAAGGCUUUUCAAAGAUAAAUUAGAAUUAUUAUCCUUCAACUACAUUAGGAGUUGAAUCUACCAGAUCUUAAAAUAAAGAUAAAUUUUUAAAUACACUUAAGAUUAACAAUGUUAACACAGAUGACUAAGAUAAUAAUAUACCAAGUCUGCAGUCAAUAUAGGCUAAUCUCUCAAAUCCGCCAUCAUCAUAUUCUCAAAAACACCCUUUAGUUAAGCCCUUCACUUAAAUUGAUUUGUCACAAGUCCCACCAACAUUAGGUUCUAUAGGAGAGAUAUUAACUUUUAGGAGUAAUAUAAAUAAUAAUGUUCAUAGUAGUAAGCAAGGACAAAGUACUACUGCUUCAAUUAAUUUAAAUAUAAAUGGAGGAUUUAACUCUACUAAAAGCAAAAAAUUCGCAUAAUCUUUCACACAAUUAACAAAAAUAGUGACAUCAAAAUAGUCUCCUGAUAAAUCUCCAAAUAAUUAAAAUAAUCAGAAUGAAAAUAUGUAUUUCAAAAAUGAAAAUAACGAAAAAAAACAAUUUUUUAUAAAAAUUGUAAAAGAGGAUUAACCAAUUUAAACUUAACUUGAGUCUUCUUUGAAAAAGGAAGUGCCUUCAGCCCUAUCAGAAGGUCCUACUUCCAGAUAGGAGCUAAUUCAAAUGCAAAAGUGGUUUUAAAAUUAGCUAAAUUAAAUUUAGAAAAUGAAUAAUUCAAAAAAAAUAGAUCACUUAUCCUCAUUAGUAGAAUUAGCUUGCCAAGAGUUGCUAAGAUAAAUAUCUAUAGAGUGUUAAGAAAGAGGAGACCUACUCCAAACUGUGAUGAAAUAUCAAGUUUUUUCUUUGAGAGAAUAGAUAGAAAAGUAGAGAGUUGACUUUGAAAAAAUUAAGAAACAAUAAAAAGACGAAUAUCUCGAGUCACAUAAAACCUAUGAAGGAAUUUUUCAAUCUAAAGAUGAAGAAAUUAAUAAAUUAAAAAGCUAAUUGUCAGAAUUACACACUAAACUCAAAGAAAACAUCACUCAAAUGGAAGAUAAGAUUUAAAGCGAUAAAAUAUUAAGAGACUAGUUGACUAAAUUUAAAGAAUUAGUAACUUAUAUGAAAUAAAAAUAAAGUGAAUCUCAACUUGAGAACCACAAAUUAAGAAAGAAAAUUAAGAAAGUUGGUAAUAGACUCAAAGAUGAUAAAAAGGAAACAAAUACUUCUGCAUUUAGCAAAGGUCAGCACUAACUUGAUAGUGGAAGCAAAACCAACUAGACUAAUACAGAAUAAAAUAAUAACUAAUCUAAUGAAAGCUCUAUAAAUAGUGAUUUGUUUAUAGUUGAUGAAAAUAAACCUAGUGAACGUUUGAUAAAUAUUGGAGGAGUUAAUGAAAGUAUUGAGAAACUUAAUUAUGUAAGAUAUACAAAUCCUGAAGAUGUUAAAAAGUUAGAAGUUAUUUAAACUCAAACUGGAGCAUCUCUACUUGUGCUUAAUGAUAUGAGAGAAGCUGAGGUACAAACUGAAUUAGUUAAUUUGCUAGAUGAUGAAUACGAUAGCAUUCUUUAAGAUAAACUCACAUUUGAUUAGUUUAUGUAUAAAGUAGAAAAUCAAGAGGCUUAAGUAGAGUAUUUAAGGCAAAGGGAAAUAAAUUUAAUUGAGUAAAUAGAAUCUCUUAAGGCAUAGAUGAGCAGAGCUGACGAAUAGUAAACUAAUGCCUUUUAAAAUUUUUAAAUUACUUCCCCACUUAUUUUAAAUGCUGCUUCCAGCGGUCGCUAUUCUGGAUAGGAUUUUGAUGUUUCUUCUUUAGCAUCUUUUACUCCACAUUUAAAGAAAAAAGUUGAUACAGUUGAUACUCUCCUUACAGAAAAAUAUAAAAAUAUCAUGUAAAAGCUUAACUUAGAUAGUAAAAACGUUUCAGAAUCCGUUUCAAGCGAUUCCAGCUUCGAUGAAGACGAAGAAGAUAGCCCUGUGCCAAUAAGCAAGGACGAAAAGGCUGCCAGAAGAGCAAAGAGAUAAAAUCUUAUAAAAGCUGUCCAAAAGAAAACAAAUGUACGUUAGCUUGGUGAAAAAAUAAACUAAGUAGAGUCUCUUUUCAAUGAUAUAGGUAGAUAGAUUGUUGAAAAGGUAAAGAAGAAUAAGUAUUAUAAAUUUAGAAAUUUUAUGCCUCUUCCUACUCUACUGAAAUAAAUUAAUUUGGUUUACUUGGAGAGGAUGAGAAUGAUUAAUGAAAAUCCGAGAAUAAAAGAAUAAGAAUGCAGCAAUUUUACUUACUUCUUCUUAACAAAACUUUAUGGUUUUAAAAAAAUAGUUGACUAAAAGUUUAUCAUUUUUAUGCUUUCAAUUAAGAAAUAUCUUUCAAUAUUAAGAGUAAACAUGUUUGCUAGAUUUAUUGGUCUAAUUGAAAAUAGAACGCUAAAUUUCUCUUUAGAUGAAUGUAAUAAGUACAUUGAAGUUCUCAAUUAUGUAUUUAAUAUAUCAACCUUUGGAUAGUAGCCAAACCCUAUUGAAAAUGACCCACAUUAUAUGAUUCCAUUUAUUAGAGCUAUGGCUUUUGUUGGAAAUUUUGUUGACUCAAGAAUGACAUAUGAAGAAUAGACAGAGUUUAAAAAAGAUAUUGAAUCUUUAAAAGAAGUCGACUAUAAAGGAGUUCACACAAAUGGCUUAAUUGACUUUGAUAUCUUUUUGAACAAAAUGCUGGCUAAGUAUAGAUAAUUAGUCAAUAGGGCUAAAACUUAUGUCAUAAAUGCAUUCGCUGCUUCAGAUUUAGAUGGUAACGGAGUCUGUAAUUUGGAUGAAUUUUUAAUUUUGAACAGACAUAUUGAAGUUGAUAUUUAUGAUGAAGAUGUUUUGACUUAAAUUUUCUAAGAAAAUGCUGAUAGAAUAAUAGAUAGCGAGCCUAAUCUCUCUUUUGAUAAGUUUGCUGUAGUGUGUGUUGAUUACAAUUUGUUUUCAGAUGAGUAAUAAGAUAAAUUUUUAGGAAUACGUCACAAAAGAGAAAUAGAUUUUAAAAUGUAAGAACUUUAAACUGAAUGGAUAUUUAGAAGACGAGAGUUAAAAGCAAUAUUUGAAUAGUUAAAUUUAAUUUCACCCUAAUAAAAAGAAAAAUGGCUCUAAAUUAUUGAUGUCUUAAAUGAUAAGCUGCAAAGUGCAGCUUAAGAUGAAUUCAAACCAUUGCUUAUUGCUUAUAAGAUAUUGUAAAAUGAAUCUAAAACCUUGCUUUCUCUUGAAGAAGAAGUCAAAAGAGAUGAAGAGCUGCUAAAUUAAUACCAUGAAAAGGCACUAAAAGAUUAAAAAGAGUAGCAGAAUAGCUACUAAAUUUUAGACUAGUCAAGUCGUCUUUCAGAAAACAAUUCUCCUAAAAUCCCUAAGAAGAAUAGAAGUGGUGGCAAUUCAAUCACUUAGAUGCUUCAGAUUCCUAUUGGAAACAGUAUUAUAAAUUUGAGUGGCCAGAAAAGAGUUUCUUAGUAUGCAACUUAAAAUUAAUAAUCAAGUUUAUCUUAAAUACCUUAAGUAUUUACAUUUAGUAAUCCCUCUUUAACUGGUUAGUAAAGCUCUACUUCAAUCACUAAUGGUGUUUCUUCUUAAGCCAGCACUACAAAUAUAGAAUAAAAUUUAAAAGAUGCUAAUUUUAUAGAGUUAAUGCUUUAAAAGCUUAAAAAAGUGCAAAAUAAAGAAAAGUUUUUGGUAAACAUUUUAUUAAAAAAUGGAGUGGAUGAACCAACUGAAAAUGAUAUCAACUAAAUUUAAAAUAUAAUAUUGGCCUUAGAUUAAAAUACUGCUUCUAAUGAGCAAUAACAAAAUGUUAAAUAAAUACUUUUCUCAUUUCUUAUGAGAUAAAUCAACCAAGCAAAAAAAACUUCAAAUUCUUAAACUCUAAUUUAAUGA